AUUGUGUUGUAUCUUUAAUGAAUAACAUUUAAAGUGGUCAAUAUUAUCUUGCACCUGUUCUCGCAUCCCUUCAACCCUUACCUCAGCAACAACCAUUUCAUAUACCACAACAGCAACAAGGACCUUUGGAUCCACUUAUUCAACAACAAAUUCAACCACAACAACAACCACAACAACAACCACAACAACAACCACAACAACAACCACAACAACCCAUGAUUAUUAAUCAAUUUGGCAACAUUCAAGCACAAAGAGCAACUUCUAUUUGGCUUGCACUUAAAUUAGUGGUCGUCUUGUUUAUGGUCUGCCAAGGUGCAAGUAUUGAUCGUAUCUUUAUUUUUCAUACAAUUGCUAUUGUUUUCUUUUUAUAUCAAACAGGAAGGUUGAGAUUAGUCUUGCGACGUGUUGGUGCACCACAAAACUUGAACCAAUUUGGAUUCAAUCCACCAAAUAACAAUAAUAAUAAUAAUAAUAAUAAUGCUCCUGUUCCUGUUGGUGCUGAAGGUAAUCAAGAACAGCAGCAACAAGAAGGCAGAGAAUCAUCAGGUAGUCAAGGUACUACUGCCGAGGCUUCUUCUUCUCCUACUCUUACUCCAGCUAGACCAACUACCGCCUUGGAUGUUUGGAAAAGAGGCCUCUAUGCAUUCGCUGCUUCCUUAUGGCCAACAUACGGUGUAGAUCCUCGGAUUGCUCAAGCUUUUGAAAAUAACAAUAAUGAUCAAGCAGAAGCAUAAGUUGUAAAUAAUAAUAAAAAUAUGUGUGUGGAAUUAUUUUAUGUAUGAAUUGCACUAGAUCAUGUAGAUAAGUUGUUUCAUCUCUGGGAGUUGUGUCAUAAUUUGACUAGAUUAGGUAAAAAUUAUCGUUAAAACAUUGGCUA